UCAAAAUUUCUCGAUUUUUUUUUUGCUUCUCGCGGCUGUCUCCUGCAAUGGCGCUUCUCCCCCCAGUCUCCUCACCACCUUCUUCGUCUUCUAUCAUUCCCACUUCUUCCUUCAAAUUCUUCUUAAACCCUAGAUCUCUUCCUUCCCCUUCGCCAUCGCCGUCGUUUCGCUGGAAUUUCCAUCGCCGACGAUGCAAGCUUGCCUCCUUCCGUUGCUCGUCGUGGUCGUUCUCGGAGAAGCACCACAACGCGAAUCCGGCGAAGUCCGAUGACGUCACGGAGCUUCCUCUGUUUCCUCUUCCACUCGUUCUCUUCCCCGGCGCGAUCAUCCCGCUCCAGAUUUUCGAGUUCCGGUACCGAAUCAUGAUGCACACGCUGCUACAGACCGAUCUCCGGUUCGGCGUCAUCUACUCCGACGAUGUCUCCGGUAGCGCAGCCGAUGUAGGCUGUGUCGGCGAGGUCGUCAAGCACGAGCGGCUCGUCGACGACCGAUUCUUCCUCAUCUGCAAGGGACAGGAGCGGUUCCGGGUCACGAAUCUCGUCCGUACGAAACCCUACCUUGUCGCAGAGGUGACGUGGCUCGAGGACCGGCCAUUGGAGGAGGAGAAUCUGGAUUCUCUGGCCAACGAGGUCGAGGCUUUGAUGAAGGAGGUGAUUCGAUUGUCGAACAGAUUGAACGGGAAGCCGGAGAAGGAGGUGCAGGAUCUGAGGAGGAAUCAGUUUCCGACGUCAUUCUCGUUCUUCGUCGGGAGCACAUUCGAAGGAGCCCCGAGGGAGCAGCAGGCGCUGCUUGAGCUCGAAGACACUGCGGCGAGGUUGAAGAGGGAGAGGGAGACACUGAGGAAUACACUCAAUUACUUGACUGCUGCUUCUGCGGUGAAGGAUGUCUUCCCAUCUUCUUAGCGGUACCUAAAAUUCUAUGGUCCCUCUUUCUUUGCUGUGUUUCAUGCUCCUGGAAUAAUAGGGUACACGAAAUUCUAUAAAACUGUAUAAAGAUUGCAAGAUUUGAUCAUAGUAGAUCACAGUAAUUUUGAUGGUAGAGAGGAGAUGGGAUGAUGGGUCUUGGAUAGGAUUGUUUGGUUACUUUGAGAUUAUGGAUGACUUUGCUUGCUU